GCGCGGGGUCUCCAAUCUGCCAUUUUCUGUCCCUGAAUAGGUCUCUGGCGUCCCAAAUUCCCUGUUUUCCUCACAGACUCUAUUCCGCCCGUUGGUCCACCACCUCAGGGGAACGAUGGCCGCAGAGUCCACAGCCACUGCCGCCAUCGCUGCGGAGCUGGUUUCCGCCGACAAGAUUGAAGAAGAUGCUCCUGCUCCUUCUACCUCUGCAAAUAAAGUUGAGAGUCUGGAUGUGGAUAAUGAAGCUAAGAAACUGUUGGGUUUAGGACAGAAACAUCUGGUGAUGGGGGAUAUUCCAGCAGCUGUCAAUGCAUUCCAGGAAGCAGCUAGUCUUUUAGGUAAGAAGUAUGGAGAGACAGCUAAUGAGUGUGGAGAAGCCUUCUUUUUCUAUGGGAAAUCACUUCUGGAGUUGGCAAGAAUGGAGAAUGGUGUGUUGGGAAAUGCCCUAGAAGGUGUGCAUGUGGAAGAGGAGGAAGGAGAAAAAACAGAAGACGAAUCUCUGGUAGAAAAUAAUGAUAACAUAGAUGAGGAAGCAAGGGAAGAGUUGAGAGAACAGGUUUAUGACGCCAUGGGAGAAAAAGAAGAAGCAAAAAAACCAGAAGACCAGUCUCUGGUAAAGCCUGAAAUUGAUAAAGAGCAGGAGACUGAAAUGGAGAAGGGUGGAAGAGAAGACAUGGAUAUAAGUGAGCCUGCAGAGGAACUACGGGAAAAAGUUGAAUCCACUCCAGAUCAGUUAACUGAAACCACUGAGGCAAAAGAAAUAGCAGCACCAGAAGGACUGAAUGAAGCCAAGGUCACUUCUGGGAAGCCAGAACAGGAAGUACCAGAUGCUGGGGAAGGAAAAUCAGUUUGUGGAACUGACAUCCAAGAAGAAUCCAGAGAAAAAGGAGAUCAAGAGAAGCAGGGAGAAGUAAUUGUGAGCAUAGAGGAGAAGCCAAAAGAAGCCUCAGGAGAGCAACCUGUUACGACUCUUGAAAAGCAGGGUACUGCAGUGGAGGCAGAAGCAGAGCCUAUAGAUUCAGCAGUAAAGCCAGUGGAUGUGGGUGGGGAAGAGCCAAAGGAACAGGUAGCUGCCUCUGAAAAUGAGCCAGGAAAGGGUGUGCUUGAGCAGCUGGUAGGGCAAGAAGUGCCUCCUACUGGAGAGUCGCCAGAGGUGACAGUAGAGGCUGCAGAGGCCUCAGCUGCAGAAGCUGGGUCCGAAGUGUCUGAGAAGCCUGGGCAGGAGGCCACAGUUCUCCCUAAGGAUGGUUCAGUCAAUGGACUGUCAGCUGCAGGAGGUGAGACUCCUGUUGAACAACAGACUAAUGCAGAAGGACUGACUGAAAGAAAAGAUGGCUCAGGACUAGAGGAGAAGGUCAGGGCAGAGUUGGUUCCUAGCCAGGAGGAGACCAAGCUGCCCAUAGAAGAGUCUGAGGCAGCUGGAGAUGGGGUUGAGACCAAGGUAGCCGGGGGGGCUACUGAGAAGUCCCCUGAAGACAAAGUUAAGAUAGCUGCUAAUGAAGAAACACAAGACAGAGAAGAACAGAUGAAAGAGGGUGAAGAAACUGAAGGCUCAGAAGAGGAGGAUAAAGAAAAUGACAAGGCUGAAGAAACGCCAAAUGAAUCACUUCUUGAAAAUAAGUCUCCUCAAGAAAAUGAAGAGGAGGAGAUCGGGAAUCUAGAGCUUGCCUGGGAUAUGUUGGAUUUAGCAAAGAUAAUUUUUAAAAGGCAAGAAACAAAGGAAGCUCAGCUGUAUGCUGCACAGGCCCAUCUUAAACUUGGAGAAGUUAGUGUUGAAUCUGAGAAUUAUGUCCAAGCUGUGGAGGAGUUCCAGGCUUGCUUAAACCUGCAGGAGCAGUACCUGGAAGCCCAUGAUCGGCUCCUUGCAGAGACCCACUACCAGCUGGGCUUGGCCUAUGGGUACAACUCUCAGUAUGACGAGGCAGUGGCACAGUUCAGCAAAUCUAUUGAAGUCAUUGAGAAAAGAAUGGCUGUACUAAGUGAGCAGAUGAAGGAGGCUGAAGGAUCAUCUACUGAAUAUGAGAAGGAAAUUGAGGAGCUGAAGGAACUGCUACCUGAAAUUAGAGAGAAGAUAGAAGAUGCAAAGGAGUCCCAGCGUAGUGGGAAUGUAGCUGAAUUGGCUCUGAAAGCAACUCUGGUGGAGAGCUCUACUUCAGGUUUCACUCCUAGUGGAGGAGGCACUUCAGUCUCCAUGGUUGCCAGUAGAAAACCAGCAGAUGGUGCUUCCUCAUCAAAUUGUGUGACUGAUAUCUCUCACCUUGUCAGAAAGAAGAGGAAACCAGAGGAAGACAGUCCCCGAAAAGAUGAUGCAAAGAAAGCCAAACAAGAGCUGGAGGUGAAUGGAGGCAGUGGGGAUGCCGUCUCCAGUGGAAAUGAAGUUUCAGAAAACAUGGAGGAGGAGGCUGAGAAUCAGGCUGAAAGCCGGGCAGCAGUGGAGGGCACAGUGGAGGCCGGAGCUACAGUUGAAAGCACUGCAUGUUAAAGAGAGGGCGUAGAGCCUUCCUCCUGAGGGAAAGUUUUUGUAUAUAAUGUAUUUUUUCACUUUGGGGGGAUUCUUUUUGUAUAACUUCAAUAAAGAUUGUAAGCAAAGGUUGAGGCUUUGAUGAUUUUUUUUCUUAAAUACUGGCUGACUCUGUGCCUUGGAGCAUUCUGGGUCAAAGGUACUCACCCUGCCCCUUUCUGUACUGAUUGGUCUCUGUUGGGAGUUUCCAUCCAAGCUCCUGUCUAAUAUGGAGGUGAUCAAACCAAGCGCAGCCAUCGGCCCUUUGUUUUCUAGUGGUGCUACAUUUUUCCCAUUUUAAAUACUGAACUCCACUGUCUUGCAAGCCUUCAGUGGUGCUGUCUCUUGGUGGGGGCUACAAAAACAAGACUUGGUAAAGAUCUUGCUGUUUGGUGUUGAUACUGUUCGGUGGACUUCAUGAGCUGAUAACUGCCUGAGCCAGACCUUAAGUGAUAACUGUUCCCACCUAGUCUUCAGUUGAGGGUCAAUCAUUCUGGAAAAGAACUCUGAAGAAAACUUGUGCAGGAGGGGUGGGAGGGGGGAGUGAUUGUUGAGGAAAACUAGUGUGCUAACUGUAGGGAAUUGAGUAUUCUGGUUUGAAAGUGGCUUAAGAGACUGGACACUUUGCAUGUGGUUGGAAGAAUUUGUGGGGAGGCUGGCUGGUGGAGUUUUGUUUUCUGUACAGAAAGGCUGAAAUAUAUCUUAUAACUUGAAUCCAAAUUGUUACCCAUCUGCAGUUUUGACUUCUCAAAUAAAGAUGCUAAAAAAUG